GUUUGUGAUUCUGCUUCUGCUGCUAUUUUAUUUAGUUAGCAAUAACUCGUGAGAGGAGGAGAGUGUAUUGAAUGUUAAUUCUAGACAUUUAAAACGUCCGUGAUUGGUUUCUAUCAAUAACAUUGUUGUGACAAUGAUAAACAUUUUCUUUUGUUAAUUAAAAAAAGUGUCGUUUGUGAUAUUUAUUACGGAAAAUCAACGGUUAUGUUCUAAAUUAAUAAUUUAGCUGGAAUUUCUUGACUGUCUUGGUGUUUAUAGUGUUGGGAUUUGUGUCAGAAGUUCAAAGUCAUGAAAGGUGAACUAGAGAAAUCACCAUCAAGUUCACCCACUACCAAGAAGGGUACGUUGAACGAUGGUCUGUUGAUAGUACCUAACAACGUGAGAAGCAUGGCCAAAAUGGUGACAGAGCAUAGAAGAACAGGUUCGACAGGUACAACAGGGGACGAAUCCUACACCACGGAUGACGAAGACGAUGUAGACGAACCAGACAUAACAAUCAAAGACCACGUCACCCGUAACCUCUUCAACGACCAUGCCCCCGGUACCUUCGGUUGUUUUUCGGACAUUUCCACCAUCACUGAUAAAGUCAGACAUUUGGGUGUGAUGCACAGAAACAGCUCAGACAGUUCCGUGUAUAGUGAAAAAUACUCUGAAGAGUUAGGUUUAGACAGUGACAAAAACCAUGACAGUGAUAACAGGAGUGCGGCUAGUAGUAGUAGUUGGACUAACGGCGUGACCGAGACGAAAGAACAAUGUUUUUUGCGGUUGCAGAGUGAACUCAUGGAAGCUAACCAGGUGUUAAAGCUGCGGGACCAGGAGUUGAGCAGGCUGAGCAGGAUACGGCAAGACGUAGAGUCCGAGUUGGAGGAUCUGACUGCUAGUUUAUUUCAAGAAGCGCACACGAUGGUUCGAGAAGCAAACGAAAAACAAGCAGCUGCAGAAAAGGCGUUAAGGGAAAGUCAGAUGAAGGUCGACGUUCUGACUGCCGAAGUAGCUGCCUUAAAAACUCUAGUUCUCACUUCGACUCCCAGCUCUCCAAAUCCACACCUUCAUCCUCAAAUAGGCAACGGCAAAGACGAACCAGGUGUGGUAUUGUUCAAAAAGCAUCGUAGAUCCCCAUCACACUUUAAUCUUAAAUACGGCAGAGAAAACUCUCCUCCGGAUUCUCCAGUGAAGGAAGUGGUACAUAUUACUUCGGAAAUUGAAAGCAAAGACGGCUUGGAGGUCGACCCAGUGAUUCACAAAGAAUUCCUCUUAUGGCGACAGAAACCAGUUCUGGAGAAACGUGACCCGUUCAUUCAGCGAAUUUACGAGGAAGACAUCGGUUUAUGUUUAAACUUCAACAAUAAAGAACUAUCUCAUCGUGUCGUGCAUGCUGUAGAAUCUGGUACCAUUCUCAUCGAGGCCGUGGGCGACAAAACCAAAGCCAUGUUUCCGAAAAAAUGUGCCUUGCUGGAAGUCCCAAGGUUAUGUUUUUAUCGAAUGAGUAUUGGAGAAACCGACGACUGGUACAACAUAUCGCAAAUUUGUCGGAAUAGGAUAAUUGCAGUCUGUGAUUUUUUAAACUACCUCAAGUACAUCGAAGGAGGCUUGGUCAAAAGUUCCGCUCACGACGUCUACUGGGAAAUCGUAAGGUUACGUAAAAAUAUGUGCCUCGCAAGACUGGGAUUGGUUCUCUCAUCGUGAAACACUUAGGAAUACUCACAAAACGUGCCAAAAUGAUUUUUUAUGUAUAAACUGUUAUGGAUCUGUUGAUGUUAAACCAAAGAUUAUGUUUUUAGUUCAUACAAAGCGGUUGUUAUCUACAUAAAGUGCAGAAUAAGAUAAAAACGAGGGGAAAUGUUCAAAGAAUGUCACGAACUGGCCCAAAAAUUAUAUAAAUACACGAAACAGCAAUUUUCAAUAAAAAAAAUAAGGACAAUCAAUCUAAAAUUAACAAAUUGUUCUAAGUAAACUCAAAAGUAGCAGUUUUUUUACCAAAACAGUUUGAGCUGGUCUUCGACUGUAUUUUAUAAAAAUAUCUCUACUUUAUCCAGGAAAACUCUUUCGACUAUUGAAAUAUAUCAAGUUGUUUUGAAAUUCUGCAUUAGAGUAACAACCAUUUUGCUAGACAAUUUUAUUAUAUAUAUUUUCUCAAGUUAAAAUUGUAUAUUUGUAGUUUAAAAAAUACUUUGUGUGCUAUAAUAAAAGAUACAUUUUUGUG